AUGGUGGAGGCCUUUGAAGAUGCUGACGAGGAGGCAUCAAGUCUCGUCGAAGCUUGUGACCAAGAGGAGGAAGAGGAGGAACCUUAUGAGAAGACGAGCAGUGACUGCCAGCCAUUGGUGCAGAGAUGGCGCCUCCGCUUGCUCGAGCAGGUGGAGCGGCGGGAUAGCCAACUGCAGGGUUUGCAAGCGUUGUACGAGCAGUACAGCGAAUGCCGGCGCAACCUUCAGGCGGCCGACGCCAACAAGCGUGUGCCCGGAACUGGCUACUUAGUUCCGAAGGACGUAGCCGAGGCCAAGGAGCUGCACAAUGCAGCCGAGAAGCUACUGCGGCACAAGGAAUCUCAGAUCCAAGAGCUGCAGAGGCACAACAAGGAGCUGCUGGAUGAGCUUCAGCGAAAGGAGCUGGCCCACACUCACACCUGCAGAGAGGCUACACGGCUAUCACAGGAGAAUGGGCACUUGAAAGCCACGCUCGGGCGGCUAGUCGCGCAGCAAAAGCGGGAGCUACAAGGAGAGCUGCAGGAAAAGGAGUUAGCCCACCUGGAGACCUGUCGCGAAGCGACAAGGCUAGCUCAGGAAAAUGGGCACCUGAAGAGCGAGCUGAGCCGUCUGCAACAGAGGUUGCGCCAACAGACGGAUAUUGAGGUUUCCUCGGAGGCUCUUGCUUGUCACGAUGACGCGGUUGGGGAGGCCCAGAGCAACGGAGAUGCCGGCAAAGGCGAACGUCAGAGCACCUCAGGGCCAAAUUCAAGGAUUGGGUGA